CCAAUUCAAAACGUGCAUAUCCGACACAGAGUGUAAGGAAACACAGGUGGUCGAGUCACCAGCGUGCCAGAGGAUGGAGAGGGCUCACUUGGCCUUGCAGUGGACUUUGAGGAUUCUGGACCACUGUUACUGAAAUGAUACUACAGAAGGCAGAGAUUGCAUUGUAUUUGUUGAAUGAAACCCGAAUAUUUACUUUCAGUCAAGUGGGUGAAACCCCCUAACUGCAGUUUACAUGUGUAGGUCACUGCGUUACUGUGUUAGUCAUUGUCUCUACGCAGCAAUGACAAGGCUAGAAGAAGCAAACAGGGAAGUGAACAUGCACUCAUCAGUCAGAUACCUUGGCUAUCUUGCCAGAAUCAACCUGCUGGUUGCCAUUUGCAUGGGCCUUUAUGUCAGAUGGGAAAAAACUGCAGAUGCACUGAUUUUGGUAAUAUUUAUUCUGGGGCUCUUUGUUCUUGGAAUUGCCAGCAUACUGUACUACUAUUUUUCAAUGGAAACAGCAAGUUUGAGUCUCUCCAAUCUUUGGUUUGGUUUUUUGCUUGGCCUUCUCUGUUUUCUUAAUAAUUCUGCCUUCAAAAGGGAUGUGAAAGAAGAAGCUACUAAAUAUCUGCUCCUCUCCGCCAUUGUUUUAAGGAUAUUAUGUGCUUUGGUUGAGAGGAUUUGUGGCUGUGUCCAUCAUCGACCGACUCUACUGACAACAGUUGAAUUUUUAGAGCUAGUUGGAUUCGCCAUUGCCAGCACAACUAUGCUGGUAGAAAAAUCUAUGAGUAUUAUUCUGUUGGUCAUGGCUUUGGCCAUGUUGAUUAUUGACUUACGUAUGAAGUCUUUUUUGGCAAUUCCAAAUUUGGCAAUUUUUGGAGCCAUUGCAUCCCUACUCUUUUUUCCAUCACUGCAAAUUCCCACAAACCCUUUUGCCUUGGCAUGUUUCUUCAGCUGCCUCAUUUCUGAUCCCCUUCUUGACGUUUACUUCAGUGGACUUUCAGUAACUGAACGGUGGAAGCCCUACCUGUAUCGUGGCAAAAUUUGCAGAAGGCUUUCUGUCCUCUCAGUUGGAGUCAUUGAACUCACCUUUUUCAUUCUUGCAGCCUUUAAACUACGUGAUUUGGAUCUCUGGUAUUUUGUGAUACCUGGUUUUUCUAUUUUUGGAAUUUUCUGGAUGAUCUGUCAUGUGAUUUUUUUUAUAACUCUUUGGGGAUUUCACACAAAACUAAAUGACUGUCACAAGGUAUACUACACCCACCGUGCAGAAAACAACAGCUUGGACAGAGUUAUGGCAUCUAAAGGAAUGCGUCACUUCUGUUUGAUUUCGGAACAGCUGGUGUUCUUCAGCCUGGUCGCGACUGCUGUUUUGGGGGCCGUCUCUUGGCAGCCAGCCAAUGGGAUCUUCAUGAGUGCGUUUCUCAUUGUUUUACCUCUGGAGUCCAUGGCUCAUGGGCUUUUCCAUGAGCUGGGAAACUGCUUAGGAGGAACGUGUGUUGGGUAUGCUGUUGUGAUUCCCACCAACUUUUGCAGUCCUGAUGGCCAACCAACUCUUCUUCCACCUGAGCACGUACAAGAGUUAAAUCUGAGGUCUACUGGCAUGCUUAAUGCCAUCCAAAGAUUUUUUGCAUAUCACAUGAUUGAGACAUAUGGUUGUGACUACUCUACAAGCGGACUGACCUUUGAUACUCUUCACUCCAAGAUCAAGUCUUUUCUUGAACUUCGGACAGCAGAUGGACCCAGACAUGAUACCUACAUUCUGUAUUACAGUGGUCACUCACAUGGCACUGGUGAAUGGGCACUGGCAGGGGGUGAUGCUUUACGACUUGACACGCUCUUGGAGUGGUGGAGAGAAAAGAACGGCACUUUUUGUUCUCGGCUGAUCAUCGUUUUAGACUGUGAGAACUCUCAGCCUUGGGUUAAAGAAGUAAGAAAAGUAAAUGACCAAUAUGUUGCCGUGCAAGGAGCAGAAAUGGCCAGAGUUGUAGACAUUGAGGAAGCAGACCCUCCACAGCUUGGUGACUUCACCAGGCAAUGGGUUGAGUACAACUGUAACCCCGACAGCAACAUCAGCUGGUCUGAAAAGGGACGUACUGUGAAAGCAGUGUACGGUGUGUCAAAGCGCUGGAGCGACUACACUUUGCAUUUGCCAACGGGAAGUGAUGUUGCCAAACACUGGAUGAUAUACUUCCCACGCAUUACCUAUCCGCUAGUACAUUUGGCAAACUGGUUUUGUGGUCUCAAUCUGUUCUGGGUCUGUAAAGCGUGCUUUAGGUGCUUGAAAAGACUGAAAAUGAGUUGGUUUCUUCCCACAGUGCUGGACACAGGACAGGGUUUCAAACUUGUCAAAUCCUAAUUAGCAACCAAAGAGGAAAUGAAGUGAGAGCUCUGGGAACUUUCUCACUGUACCAUACUUAAAAUUUUUUAUCUUACUAUUUUUCUCUGAAAAAGUCUGCUACAUUCACCUAAUUCAGCUCUUUGAGCAGCUAUACUAUAUGCAAGUUAGAAACUGCAAUCUUAAACAGAAGAGGGUAGGAUUAUGAUAUUUUGAGUUUUGUUACAGGUCUGUUUGUACAUAUAUAAGAGACUUAUUUAAUAUGACCAUGCAUUCUGGAGACAGAUCACAUGUUCCUAUGAGUUUCUUAGAGCAGCCUUUGUUCAGAGACACGGUUUGAUGGACAAGAGCUCCUGGGAAUGUUACAGCACACUCAUCUGUCAUUUAUGUCCACUAUAUAGUUCAAAUACAGGAAAGGAGCCAAGCUAGUACUCCAGUCAAUUUACAUAUCCUUGAAAUUAUGUGGUGAUAUCAAGAGUAUUACAAAACAGCACUGAGCCAAAAAGAAAAAAAAAUAGCUACUGUAGAAGAAUAGCUUAGUGUAGGUAAGUAGCUACCAAGAAUGUUUAGUUUUACUUGCUUUUACAUCUUCAGCCUGGACUCAGUUCUCUAUUGCCAUCAGAAAACAGGGAAAUCAGACAACCUGCUGAUGUUCUGGUGCUGCUCAAUGUUUGCUGAAGUGAGUUUUAAAAACAUUCAGUGUUAUUUCCAAUAUUCAAUAUCUUUGCUGCUGAUCUUUGGAUAUAUAUUCCCAGUAGUUAAUUCAUAUAUGGAAUAAAAACUGCACUGAGCAUUUUUCCUUCACUUGUUAGGAUGGUUCGGUCUUUUCCAGGCUCUUACUAGUCUGUACUUUGAAAAGCUACCCUGAAGAAAAUAAAACAAAAUAAAAUCCAAGGAAUUUAACAAAGAAAAUAAUCCAUAGAUAAAAAAUGGAAAUACAAGUGUUGCCUUGCUUCCGUGUUUAUCUGAAGUCUUUGCUGUGCCUAAGACCAUGAUAAUGUAAAAUGCUGAGUACAGGGUUGGACCAAUGAGUUCAUUAUCUAUUAAAACCACAAGCAAAGUUUGUUGGAAGGAAUGCAUUAUUCCCUUAGGACAGAAGGAAAUCCUGGGUAUUCCUUAAGUCUGUUCUCCCACCCAUAAGGUCAUAGUUUUAAUCCUUCCACUUACAGAGCUGGAUGGGACUCCAGAAAUCCUGUCCUGGCCUUUCCUUCAGUUAGAGAAGCUGCAUAGCUUUCUGAUCUCAUCUCUCAAGUACAGAAAAUAAGUAGUGAAACAACUAAGUGGCUGAAACAGUAAUAUUUGUGGGUUUUUAUUUGCAUAUGUGUGUGCAAUUUACUAGACCUAGAGUUUACUUUUUUCUAUUUUCAUCAGUGUUUUAUUAAAAAUGUUAAGUACUAGCUGAUCCUUGUCUUAAAUAUAACUUUUUUUAAAUUUAAAUACAUGCAAAUAGUAUAAUAGCUCUUUAAGUCUUUGCCAUCGUGACUUUUUCUAAUGCCAUGUGAACUUUUUACCUAGCUAAGCUAGAGAAUCUGGUGACACUGAUACUCAUCAUUAACUCCCAAAAUAAAUAAUGAGAUCUACAAUAGCCAAAGCAAUUUGCACCCACCAACUUCAAAAUGGUGAUUUUUUCAGACCUACAAAUGACAGCCACAAAGUUUCUUCAUUACUGUAUAUUACACGAUGUUGUUUAGCAAGACACCAUCCCUUUCCCUUUUUCCAUCCCCUUCCAUAAUGUAAAAAGGGGAUCUAGAAAUGAGAGAGAUGUCCUGUGAAGACUUAAUGCCUUUGUGUCUUGUCUAAUUAAGUGCUGUGAUUGCAGCUCGUAAGAGGUGGCUGUUCUCAGUGAGGACAGAGGGUACUUACACCAUCUAACUUCAGGUAUCCAACUUAAGUUCCUAAUGUGAGAGUCUGAGGUAGGAGUCAUCUCAUUUAAUUUCAGGUGUCCGAAAGCCAGACAUCUGAAUCCAUGCUAGUGAUCUGAAGUGCUCCACUGCUCAUUAACAAAGAGAAGUAAAUAUUUCCAGAGGAAGACUAAUCUGAUCUCUGUUUUAGGAUGAAUUUUCCUGUGAUUGUGCACAUUACAUUUGUUUUGGUUUUGCUUUCAUGCACAGACAAAUCCCAUAUGUCUCUUGAAUAACCUUAGGGCACCUCUGUUCUAAGCUGUCCUGUGGAGCCUGGGCUGGGUGCAUAAGCUCCUAAUUCAAGCGUGUGAGUUGGAUACAAGAAUCCAUUGGGUUGCAGAAAAGCAGCACUGCCUCUUCCAUUUUUGGUCAACAACCCUUGAGUAUAGAUGCAUAAAGGCAGUCAUUUGGUUUGUAAAAUCUCCAUUAUUUUGACUCCUCUUUCAGUAAAAGUUCAUCUGACUGCAUUAUAAACCGUUACAACUUGAGCCUUAGAAAUUUUUAAUUAAGUCCCCAUAAAGCAACAUCUGAUAGUCACCUUUUGAACAUUUGAAGUCAAGAAGUUAGUCCUUUCUGUUUUGGACAAGCUUUGAAUAUCAACCAUAACUCUCCCUACUAAUUAUAAUGGACAGAUCUUAAUGGGUAAAUCUCUACCUGCUACUAUUACAUUUUCAUGGACAUCAUCUGUAUCUUUCUUUUGUAUAAGAAGGAGAACAGGAAUGGUGUGGGACUGAGACUGUGAGUAGGAUCCACUAUGCAGUGUAGUGAUGGGCUUAGCUUUGGGCAGAAUAAACACAACAAUUGGCGUUGCUCUUUUGCCUCUGGUUAUUAAAUGCUUUCCAGCUUACUUAUCAAACUGUUAGAUUUUUUUCUAGGAUAAACUGGGCGAUCUCCAGCUGUUUGCUGAAAGUUAGAUAAAGAGCCAGCUAAAAAUGUAGCAGAAAUAUUAUUUGCAAAACUAAUCAUGUCUUUGCAGACUUGUUGCAGUUUUUGCAGUUAAAGACCUGAUUUUCUGAAUUUGAAAUAGUUGUAACAUGAGCUAAUGUAUUUCUACUUCUGAUAUCGUUAUUUUUUUAAACAACAAAGGCAUGGUGAAAAUGCUGAUUUAAACUAAAGGAAAUGUUUACAGCUAUUCGAAUUAUGACGCCUUUUUGUACAAAGAGACUGUCAUGUAUUUCAAAACACAGUAAAACCAGGGCUGUGGAUGAUGAGGAAUUCAACCACAUUAAUUCUUCACUUCUACACUGACUUACAUCAAGGCAUCCUACCGUGACCAACGUUCCCAGGUGGAGUUUUUCUCCAGCUCCUGGUUCUCGUGCCUCUGCAGGUCUCUGCCCAGCCUGGGUGUGUGCCUGCGGGACAAACACCAGGAGUUCCUGUAAUCUAAGUGAGGAGUUAUCCCUCUUCUCUUCCUUGUAUAAAAGACAGGGGCAAUGCCUGAAAGAGAAAUUUAAAUUUAAUUCCAAAGAAUGUUACGUACUCUCUCAGUUACGUACAAGUUGUUUAGCGGUAGUGUGUACAAAUUUCUGGGUAGAGAAAAAUCUAAACCUUUUUUUCAAGAAGUUUGUCUCUGUAAUGUAUAUUCAGACAUUUUGUUAUAAAGCUUGUUAUAAAUUUGUGUCACAUUAGUAAUUUUAUGUUGACUUUGUUUCAUUUACCUCCUCUGUAUCAGCCUUGCUGAAACAUGCAAAUGUACUGAGUCCUACAAAUUUAAGUCUUUUACAGGAACUCAAAUUGCAUAUUCACAGUAAUAUUUUUCUCUGAACAAGUGUUGGGGAGAAAAAAGCCAUUGUUCUUUGGUUUUGCACUACUAGAGUUAUGUAUUUGCAGUUCCUUAUGCUUUGUAUGCCUUGUAGUUGUUGUCAUCCAGUCUCCAGUUCAAGUUUUUCCCAGAAAUAAUGUUGUUUAUUUUGUAAAGGCAUAGUUAAUGCUAUGCUGGCUGUAAAGCACCUUUGUUGCAAGCAGUAGACAAUGAAACUGUGUUAAUUUUCUUGUUUAUAAAUACCUUUUUGUGGGAGGAUUUUUACUGGAUAUACAGUUUUUAGAUCUGUAAAUAGAUUUUUGAGUGUAUUUGUGAUAUUACUUAAAUAUAUUUUGCUGGUUUGGAUGCUCAUUUC